AUGAAUCAGUCUUCCAAUGGGGUGACUUUAGUUUUGAUGUCCUACAACUACAUGGGCUCAGUCAAAAGUGUGUUAUUCAUAGUCAUUUUCCUUGUAUAUGUUGCUUCUUUAAUAGCAAAUGUUGUUGUAAUGUCUUUAAUCUAUUUGGACACUACAUUGCAUAAGCCAAUGUUUUUAUUUUUAUUCAGCUUAAUUGUAAAUGGCUUAAUUGGAAGUACAGCUGUUUGGCCAAAUGUUAUGAUCAUCCUGUUGACAGAUGACAACAAAACCUCCAUUGAAGGAUGCCUUAUUCAAGCAUUUCUUAUGAUAACUUAUGGAGCUUGCAACUUCUCAAUGUUAACGGUUAUGGCUUAUGACAGAUUUGUUUCUAUAUUUAAGCCAUUGCAAUACCAUGUCAUAAUGAACCCACAAAAAGUGACAAAAUUGUUGUUUGUAGCACACUUUUUGCCAGCAGUUUUUAUACUCGGACAAAUAUGCCUGUCUUCACAGAUAACCCUGUGCAAAUACACAGUUCACAGGAUAUUUUGUGAUAAUUUAUCUUUCUACAGUUUAUCAUGUAAUGACAGCUUUCAGAAUCAAAUCAGCAACCUAUAUGGUUUGUGUGUUUUCAUUGUCUUUGGAGUGCUGCCUCUAUUUCUUAUUAUUUUGUCAUAUUUCAAGAUUAUAAUGUUAAUCCUAAAGGCAACGAGAACGGCAAGACAGAAAGCAUUUGAGACAUGCACUCCACACUUAAUAAUUUUCAUUAAUUUUUCACUGGCCUCAUUUUUCUCUGUCAUUUACAAUCGUGUCAGUCCGGAUUUACCACCAGAGAUUAACAUUAUUCUGUCGAUAAACUACAACCUUAUUCCUCCACUGUUGCACCCAAUUAUUUAUGGUAUAAAAAAUCAGGAAAUCAAGCAGAGCCUUGCAAAAAUCAAGAGAAUGCCCGUCGUCUCAAUAAGGCUAACGGCUCGCAAAAGUGCUAAAUAG